AUGCGAGGUAGCUUCAGCCCUGAGAUAGUGCCUGGAGCACCAUGGGCGUUUAUCGCCGUUAUGGGCGUAACGGGCGCGGGAAAAAGUACUUUCAUCAAAUGGGCGAGCGGAAACGCUGAGAUUGAGAUAGGCCAUGAUCUUGAAUCGUGUACAUCAGAAAUCACAGCCUACACCUUCCAUUUGAACGGAUACAAUAUCAAUCUUGUAGACACACCUGGCUUCAACGACACGCACAAAUCUGAAACUGAAGUCUUGCAAGAUAUCGCUGCGUGGCUGAAGUCGACGUACGAGGGUGACACGCGACUCAAUGGAGUUAUAUACCUACAUUCCCUCGUCAAUGUCCGUAUGGAAGGCUCCGCGCUACGCAAUCUAAAAAUGUUCCGUCAACUGUGCGGUAAAGAGCCGCUGAAGAACGUCAUCUUAGCCACGACCUUCUGGUCAGAAGUAGCUCAAGAAGACGCCCUUCGACGAGAAGAACAGCUGCGCACCACGCCCAGCUUCUGGGGCGACAUGCUCGACCGCGGCUCAACAAUGAAACGUCUCAUAGACACCAACAGCGCGCUCGACAUCGUAACCCUCCUAAUCCGCAAGCCCAAAGUGACGCUCCAAAUCCAGCAAGAGCUCGUAGAGGACAACAAGUCCCUCGUCGACACGGCAGCCGGCCAAGCCGUCAACGAAGAACUCAUGCGCCUCGCCCAAGGCCACAAGACAGACCUUGCGCGCAUACAGCGCGAACUACACGAAGCGCUGCAGGAGCGCGACGACGAAAUGCAGCAGAUUCUACACACGCAGCAACUGCGCCUCGACAAGGAAAUCGACAAAGUCCGCCACCAGCAGGAACAGCUGCGCUACGACCGGCGCGCGGAGCGCCGCAAGAUCGAGUCCGACUACGAGCUGCGCAUGACAUCCAUGCGCGAUGAGUACGAGCGGCGCGCGCUCGCGGACCGCGAGGCCAUGCUGCAGCAGCUGGAUUUCGACCAGGCCGUGGCGCUGGUGCGGGCGAAUGAAGGUAAGAUUCCGGUUUCUGAGCGCGACGAGCUCGAGGGCAAGAUUGCUGAGCUGUCUAAGAAAUUGGCUCAGGCUUCUGAGAAAAUACGGCCUGGGGAUGGGCCGGCGAGGAAGAAGAAAGGGAGCAGUAGGUAUUUGUUCAAGGCGCUGCAGCUUGUGCUUCCUGUGACAAGUAUGGCGUUGCUUGGGGUGCCAAUUUUCUCGCCGUUUGGGGGUGGUGGGGCAGCGGGUGGAAUCAUGGAGAAGAUUUUUGGUGGAGGUGAUACAGAGGCGUAG